UAUUAAAUCCCCGACAUAGCGGUUCAUUCUACUUGACUGUUGGUUGUCUUCUGUCGAAGCGGUAAUCGUCCGCCUUUAUUUUGCUUGCACCUGCUGCAUAUGAUUCAAUGUCGAUUAGAUCUAGUUUGCGCGGGGCGGGAUAUCUACAAAUAGGCACAAAUGAUGGACAUGGAGUUAGAGAACAUAGUGGCCAAUACGGUCUACUUGAAAGCACGAGAAGUUUCUGCAGGUGGAGGUGGGAAGCGAAAAGGGAAGAGUAAAAAAUGGAGAGAGAUGUUGAAAUUUCCACAUAUAAGUCAAUGUGAAGAGCUGCGGAACAUUAUCGAAAAAAAUUACACUAGUAUCUGCGAACAACAGCCUAUUGGAGCUCAACAGUUUCGAGACUUUUGUUCGACAAAGCCAAAGCUGAAAAUUUGCAUCGAAUUACGGGAAAUGAUCAGGGAAUAUGAAAUGUCUCUUGGAGAUAAAAGGCUACCCACAGCACAAUCCGUUUUUGAUACAUUUUUCAAGGACAGGACUAACUCAGGCUUAUCUCCGAUUGUCAAUGAUGCAAUGGUAACAAAAUGCGAAGAGCGAAUGAAAGGAACAACAGAAGGAGAAGAAUUGGAUCAGGAUCUUUUCACAGAGUGUUCUCAAGCAAUAUCAAACUACCUCAGUGGAGAACCAUUUACUGAGUUUACGGAAAGCAUGUAUUUUUCAAGAUUUUUACAAUGGAAAUUUUUAGAAAGACAACCAGUCACAAAAAAUACUUUCCGGCAAUAUAGAGUCCUUGGAAAGGGCGGGUUCGGCGAGGUCUGCGCUUGUCAAGUUCGAAGCACAGGAAAGAUGUAUGCAUGCAAACGCUUGGAAAAGAAAAGGAUAAAAAAGAGAAAGGGAGAAGCGAUGGCAUUAAAUGAAAAACAAAUCUUGGAAUCGGUUAACAGUAGGUUUGUGGUCAGUUUGGGUUAUGCAUACGAGUCGAAAGAUGCCUUAAAUCUAGUUCUAACAAUUAUGAAUGGAGGAGAUCUCAAAUUCCAUAUUCAUAAUAUGGGCGAGCCAGGUGUCAAUAUGGAACGAACUAUUUUCUACGCAGCAGAAAUUACUUGUGGGCUUCAAGACUUACACAAAAAUAGAAUAGUUUACAGGGAUUUGAAGCCUGAAAAUAUUCUAUUAGACGAUCACGGUCACAUACGAAUUUCUGAUCUUGGUCUAGCAAUAAAAAUUCCGUCAGGAGAGAAAAUCCGUGGGCGCGUGGGAACUGUAGGCUACAUGGCACCCGAAGUGGUGAAAAAUGAAAAAUAUGAAAUGAGCCCAGACUGGUGGGGGUUAGGAUGUAUAAUCUAUGAAAUGAUCUCGGGACAAUCACCUUUUCGACAAAGAAAAGAAAAAGUCAAGCGUGAGGAAGUCGAUCGUCGAGUCAAAGAAGACACUGAAGUAUACACAGAUAAAUUUCCUGAAGACGCUAGGUCAAUAUGUUCAAUGCUUUUAAAGAAGGACAUCAGUGAACGAUUAGGUUGUAGGAAUACAAGCUGCGCUGAAGAUGUGAAAGUUCAUCCAUUUUUCCGUAACAUCAAUUUCAAGAGGUUAGAAGCUGGAGCACAACCAUUCGGAAAUCCACCAUUCACAAAAGUACCCUUCGAACCAGAUGUAAGUAAUUUUUUCAUAUUUUCUACAAUUCAAUAUCACAUUCUUAUCGUGAUAGUAGUUGAUUCGAAUGCCCUGUUUCCUAUUGUUUUUAUAUCAAAGAACUUACUGAUUGUAUGGUAUAACAGUGAAAAAUUAAUAUGCUAACGCAGGGGCGCACAA